AUGAACCCAGAAAAUCCGGAAAACCGACAGAUUUUCUGUCUUGUUUUAGGUGACGCUAUUGAGAAAUCUUUCCCAGUUGAUAUUGAUAAAGGCAUGACCGUUGGGCACCUCAAAGAGUUAAUCAAGGAGAAGAAAAAGAACGCCUUUGCCAAUAUUGACUCAAAUGAACUGAGGCUGUGGAAGGUGGAUAUUCCUAUCGGUAUGGAAAACAAAAACACGAAAAUAUUUGCCGAAAACAUUAAUGAUUAUAAAGGUGUAGAGUUGCUCCCAAACGCUACUAUGGAAACAGUUUUUCACAAAGAAUCCGAAAAUACUAAAUUUUUUAGCAUCCGCAUCAUCGCGCAACCGCCUGGAUCACUUUCCACCCCAAUGAAACGACCGGAUGAAUCUCAAUUUUAUAACCGUGAACCUGUUACUUCUCAUGAGGAAGAAUUUUGGAAUGAACUUUCUGACGCGUAUAUUGUCCUUAAACUACCAGAUAAUAUUGAUAAAACUAUGUUCGUGUCUGGACCAUUAUCCGAAUACAUAAGUGUUAAAGGGAACGAAAUUGUGUUGAGUAACUGUGUAAUGUUAAAUGCACAAAAUGAACUAAUACUUAAUAAUGGUGAACCUGUGAUGGGGGAAUUAACAAAGAUUAAAAUGAAUUUUGUGAAAUUCCUACGUCUCCGUAAAUCGCCAUAUGGAAUUGUCUAUGGAAUAUCAACACAGGAUAUAUUAAUAAAGGAGUCAUAUUUGCAGAUGAUUGAAAAGAUUGAAUACGAUUGUACUCAUUAUGAAAAAAGAGGUUGUAUCAUAAUUGGAUCGCCUGGCAUUGGAAAAACACACUUUUCGCUAUAUUUAGCUUUUUAUUUGGCUCGUCGAUAUUCCCCAGCAGAUAUAAUCUAUGAGCAGUUAUUCCAAGGUCAUUCUCGUGCCCUUCAUGUCAAACCAAAUAUAAGUGUAAUGAAAAUUCUUGAUCUAACACGUGAAUUUCCACAAGAUAGCUUUUAUAUUGCUGAUUCUGUAAUUUCCGCUCCAUGGAAAACGAUAUUCACAUUUCUGGUUACGACGCCAAAAAGUGGUCGGUGGCAUGAAUUUGUAAAGGGGCAUGUCAGGAGGUAUUACGCACCAAUCUGGACCGAAGAUGAAAUUUGGGACGUUUGGAAUGUAACGUAUAAAACUGAAAUAUCAGAAAAUCGAGUCAAAGAGUUGAUUACACGAUGGGGGUGUAUCCCACGAAGAAUUUUUGAUGAAUAUGACGAAGAGCCGAAAGUUGAUGAUGUAGUUUCUCAGUGUGAUGCUUACGCUUACCUUAAAAAUGAUGGAGGAGAUUUAGGUGACAACUAUUCCGGAAAAGCCAUACAUAUAAUUCCUAACAUUGAUUUCACUGAUAAAACAUACGUUCCCGCUUCACCAGAAAUAUGUGCUGGCGGUACAUUAGCUGGAAAAUUUUUUGAAAUGGUUGCACAUGAUAUUUUGAGAAAAGGUGGCACUUUUACAGUACGACAGUUAACCAAAGACGGCAUUAAGCAACCCGAAGAACUUCAACUUCAAAAUUUGCCACAAAAACAGUUUCGUAAUAUUAAUGAAAUAGUUCCGGGGUAUUAUAACAUUCCCGAAAAUGUAAAUUUUGAAUCUGUUGACUCCAUUGCACUUCAACGUAACGGAAUUCAUCAUUUAUAUCAAAUUAUGACAGCCGAAACACAUGAUAUAAAGGUAAACGGUCUCAGUAAAUUGGAAAAUCACCUGAAAGACCUACCAAUUCAUCUAUAUUUCGUUGUUCCAAACAUGGACGACACGUUUAAUAAUUUUCGUUUCCAGAAGUAUGUUACGUCAGGAAACAUAGAAUAUUCAGGAUGGCAUUUAACACAUACUGAAUGGAUUAGAGAUAAUAUAGCUCAAUAUGUUCUCUUGAUCAAUUUGUCAGAUUUUAAUUAG